AUGCAGGUGUGCAUUUGCUUGCCCCUUUGCAGUGGAGGGCACAACUACAAGCAUGUUGGGUCUACUGCCUCAGGGCCCCCCUUGCCAAACGAGCUGAAAAAGGAGGGCUGGUAUGAAGUCUCCAGGAGAGUGAAGGUUGGAACUGGGAGUGCUGAUUUUUCAGUCGCAAAGCAGCUUCUCCAACGAUGGGGCCAUUUCCAGCUGCCAUGGACUUAUGUCAACUCGGCCACCCCGAUUCGUGUGGGACAGGGAUUCUGUGUAACGGCCCGGGCAUUCGUCCCAUGGACGUGCAACCCUCUCAAAAUUCUGUACAUAAACAGCAGACUUGCUGAUGGCACUUCGCGAAGAGGCAUUCAACACUUUUCUAUCGGGGGUGGAACUCUGAAAGGGCAUCUCAUCGCCGGAGAGGAGAGAUUUGCUGUUGAAUGGAACAAACAGGAUGACAGUGUAUGGUAUGAGAUUUACAGCUUUUCUCGGCCAUCGCACAUGCUGUCUUAUGUGGGACUGCCAGUUCUGAGAUUCCUGCAGAAUGCAUUUGUGCAGCAGUCCAUGGCGUCGGUUUUAAAGUCAGUCAAACAGCAGCGGCAGGCCUCUGCAAGUGAAACCAAUGGGGGUGUUCUGCGAUGA